UGCAACAUCUUCGUAGGGAGAAGGGGUCAAUGGAGGGUUCAAUUCGUGCACCAUCUUCAUCAAGCCAAAGUGCUACACGGGGUUGACAAAAGCUUCAGGAAGAGAGAGAAAGUCCCCUCUAACUACAAGCGAUGCACCAAGAUAAAGAUGAGCUGUUGGUGAUUCUGAAGAAAGCCUAAGUUCAAUAUUAUGGAUUUAGUUGGAACUUUAUAUUUGUUAAAGUGUACUUUGGAAGUAUUGUGUAGUAAUAAUGUGUACUUUGGAAAUUAGCAUUGUGUGGCAUGGAUAAUGGAGAAUAUUGUAGACUUUGAAGGUACUUUGCAUGUGUACUUUAUGAGAAUUUUGAAAUGCUUCAGCA